AUGUCUCAACCAGCUCUUAAUAAGAUUGCUGCCAACAGCCCGUCUCGAGCUCAUCCAAGUGAGCUCGAGACCAGCGUUGCGACUGCUCUAUAUGAUCUAGAGACCAACAUCGCAGACCUGAAGACUUCUCUACGACCCCUCCAGAUCCAAUCUGCCCGUGAGCUCGAAGUCGGCCACGGUAAACGCGCAAUUGUCAUCUUCGUCCCAGUUCCUCUCCUCUCGAACUUCCACAAGAUUCAGCAAAGACUCACCCGAGAGCUUGAGAAGAAGUUCAGCGACCGACACGUCAUCUUCCUGGCCGCUAGACGUAUCCUCCCACGACCAAAGAGAUCCAACCGAUCACGAACCUCGCAAACACAGAAGCGACCACGAUCUCGAACUUUGACUGCCGUCCACGAUGCAAUCUUGGCUGAUGUUGUCUACCCAGUCGAGAUCGUUGGCAAGAGAAUGCGAACCAAGGAGGAUGGUAGCAAGGUAUUGAAGGUUGUCCUGGACGAGAAGGAGCGAGGUGGUGUUGACUACAGACUUGACACUUACUCCGAGGUCUACCGAAAGUUGACUGGUCGCACUUGCAACUUCGAGUUCCCGGUAAGCGGUGGAGCUGAUUACUAG